AUGACACUUGGACAAACGUCUGCCACUGGCACCUGUGAGGGCAGGGAUCUGUUCGUCGACACGUUGUGGGUCACCAACAUGAAGACCAGCGGACACAAGAUCAAGAUGGUGGGCGUCGACGUGGACAAGUUCUGGUUCAGGAACAAUUACCUGCAUACGUACGAGAAGCGCAAGAACAAGCCGAUCGUGGUCAUGAUGGCCGUGUUCGGCGCGUACAGCAUGACCGACGGCGAGAGGGUAGUCUGCAAGAACCAGUUCAGAAACAGCAUCAGGGCCGCGCACAGGUUGCUCGUGAUUGACGGGGACGAGAUCAUGCUCAUGGACGACGGCAGGAUCAUGAUCUACUCGAUAAACCCGAAGAUGUUCAUGUUCGUACUGAUGAUAGCGGACACGAGGAUGAGCCUGGUCAGGAGCAUAAUCGGUUGCAGCGACGUGGUGUUGUACAAUAUGGCGCUGCGCAAGGUGCACCAGAAGCCGGUUAGGUCGCUGAAUAUGAUUGAGUACAUGAUCAAUUCCGACCUCAUGAGCGAGUACAACUGCGGGAGCACGGACCCCAUCACGCUCAUGUGCCCGAACACCAUGGUAAGUAGGCACACCCACGUCAUGGACAUGAUGUACAUCACCGCGUUCAUAUGCAAAGGCAGCCUCAAGCUCAUGACCAGUAACAUGCUGAUGCGCACGAACGACAACACGUACUGCACCGGCUACAUAAACCUGACCAAGGACCUGUUCGACAACGUGGUCAUCAAGGACAUCAAGCUCGGAGAGGCCCGCACGACGAACAUCGAGUUCAUGCACAUGCACACGAUCACUGCCGAGAGUCUCUCCAGGCGCGGGCGCCCGGGCUUGUCCGACAGCACCGUCACCUUCUCGCUUCCCCCGUUGGUCACCCGCGUGUAUACGGACAAAACCACCAUCAUGGGCUGCACCAAGUACAUGAUCACGAACGGCUGCGGGCACAUCCGCACCGACCUGAUCGAGUUCGUGCCCGUCGAGCACAUCCGCGACGCCCAUCAGGGUAAAGGUCUUGGAAAACGGCAUGAACAUCCAUGUCAUCAUGGCCUGGGAUCAGGGUAG